ACUUCACCUCCUAUAAAUUGUUCCUGGCAACACGAACACUGCUCAUCUGCGACUGCUGCUGUACACAUCAGUGCCAACAAAGCUCAUUUCAACGGAGAGAACUUUCAUUUGACGUAUUUUACUUCAUUGACCAAACAUCACCAUGAACACUCUGAACCAGCAGUAUGAGGAGAAGGUGCGUCCCUGCAUCGACCUCAUUGACUCUCUUCGCUCUCUGGGUGUAGAGAAGGAUUUAGCGCUGCCUGCUAUCGCCGUGAUCGGAGACCAGAGCUCGGGGAAGAGCUCCGUGUUGGAGGCGCUGUCCGGGGUGGCUCUGCCCAGAGGAAGUGGCAUUGUAACAAGAUGCCCUCUUGAAUUGAAGAUGAAGCGAAAGAGAGAAGGAGAGGAAUGGUUCGGAAAGAUAAGCUACCAGAACCAUGAAGAAGAAAUAGAAGACCCUGCAGAUGUGGAGAAAAAAAUAAGAGAAGCACAGGAUGAAAUGGCCGGGGUCGGCGUGGGGAUAAGUGAUGACCUCAUCAGUCUGGAAAUCGCCUCUCCUGAUGUUCCAGACCUGACGCUUAUUGAUCUGCCCGGCAUCGCAAGGGUGGCUGUUAAGGGACAACCGGAGAACAUCGGAGACCAGAUCAAGAGGCUGAUCCAGAAGUUUAUCAACAGACAAGAAACCAUCAGCUUGGUGGUUGUUCCGUGUAACGUGGACAUAGCCACCACAGAGGCCCUGAAGAUGGCCCAGGAGGUGGAUCCUAAUGGAGAGAGGACUCUGGGUAUCUUGACCAAGCCUGAUCUGGUGGACAAGGGCACAGAAGAGACGGUGCUGGACAUCGUCCACAACGAGGUGAUCCACCUGAAGAAGGGCUACAUGAUCGUCAAGUGCAGGGGGCAGAAGGAGAUCACUGACAAGGUGUCUCUUCCUGAAGCGAUAGAAAGAGAGAAAGCCUUUUUUGAAGAACAUGUGCACUUUCAAACUCUCUACAAUGAAGAUCAUGCGACUGUUCCUAAACUGGCUGAGAAACUCACACUUGAGUUGGUGCAUCAUAUUGAGAAAUCUCUGCCUCGACUUGAAGAGCAGAUUGAGGAGAAGCUAGAACAGACCCGUGCAGACCUGGAGAGAUAUGGAAAUGGACCCCCAUCUGAAGCAGCUGAGAGAAUCGUCUUCCUCAUCGAUAAAGUGACGGCGUUUACUCAGGACGCCAUCAGUCUGACUACAGGGGAGGAGCUCAAGUGUGGAGACAGGCUCAACGUCUUUUCUACACUCAGAAGAGAGUUUGGGAAGUGGAAUGUCCACCUGGAGAAUUCAGGACAAAAGUUCAACAACAGGAUUGAGAGAGAGGUGGCGAACUAUGAGGAGAUGUACCGAGGAAGAGAACUGCCGGGCUUCAUCAACUACAAGACCUUUGAGGUCAUGGUCAGGGAGCAGAUCAAACAACUGGAGGAGCCUGCUGUCAAGAGACUCAAAGAUAUAGGAGAGGCUGUUAGGAAGGUGUUCGUACAGCUGGCCAUGAGUAGCUUCACUGGAUUUCCUAACCUUGCGAAAACAGCCAAGGCAAAGAUCGAAGCCAUAAAACAAGACAAAGAAUCCACUGCUGAAUCCUUUCUGAGAACCCAGUUCAAGAUGGAGCUGCUUGUUUACUCCCAGGACAGGACCUACAGCUGCAGUUUGAGUGACAGAAAGAAAGAGGAGAAUGAGGAGAAUGAGGAGAAUGAGGACGGUUCGGAUUUGGAUGAGGAUUUCGAAACAUCAAGACCCCCCCCACGUUCUGGAUUUCAAAGUCUUGUGUACUGUACGGAUAAUCAUGCUACACUUCAGGAGCUGAUGUUGCACCUAAAAUCAUAUUACAAAAUUGCGAGCCAGCGUCUGGCAGACCAGAUCCCUAUGGUGAUCCGUUACCAGAUGUUGCAGGAGUCUGCUGUCCAGCUGCAGAGGGAGAUGCUGCAGGUGCUUCAGGAAAAGAAGAAUUUGGAGUUCUUGUUAAAGGAGGACGCCGACAUUGGCAGCAAGAGGGCCAAUUUGCAGAGCCGCCUUGAACGCCUCAUGAAGGCCCGUGUGUUCCUGGUGGAGUUCUAGAAAAUACUUUUACAACCUGUUACAGCAGCAAUCUGUUCUAUUCAGAUGUGCAGCAGCGGAAGGAAAGUGCCUCAUGUUAGAUAAUCUUUUCUCUACAAUUAGAAUGGUUUAGAAUGGAAUUCUGACCUUGAAUCUGGUUUCAUUUAUUUAACCAUUAUUAUUGGAUAUGUUCAACUUUGUGCAUCAGUCUGCUUUUACUGUGCACUUGGAUCCCCCUUGUGGUUUUUACAGGAAAGCAACAUUUAAAAAAAAAUCCCUGCUUAGAAUCAAAACUGUUGAAAUCCUUGAUAAUCAUUAAAAAUGUUCAUUAUUUUGGUUUUGUAGAUAUCCAUGCAAUAAAUUAGCACAUGUAGUUUUUCACUUCUCAGAAUUGAAGCAUCUGCAAUGAUGUUGUUAAUUCAAAGUUCUCAAUUCCAGACUAGUCAUCCAUCAAUGUUAAGAUUUUUUUCUUUCAGCUAUUAGUUGAAGCUUUUAUCUUCUUCAAUAACUUUUAUUUGUGUAAUAAGUUGUAUUAGUGUAACAUAUCUCUUGUGCAUUUCCAUUGCUAUUCUAGGGGGUGUUAUUUCAGAUACCUCAGUUGAUAAUCUCAAAUUGAGUGACACAAACAGGCAUUACAUUUACACGAAAAUACACACACCUAAAAAGUCACCAUGUUGGUUAAUAAAUUUAACGCACAUGUGAUUUGGGCAAGUCAAUUUUAUUCAAAAACUCAUACAAAAAGUUGUCUUACACACAUGCACAAAAAAAGAAUCAUUUUUUAGAGGGUUGCUUUAUUGAUCUUCUGUCAGUAUCUCCACGACUUCAUUCAUCAUUCCCAGCAGGGCUCCCCUGAUUGUUGUCGUCAUUGUCUGAUUUCUCAUCAUCUGUGACAGACAAAGAAGGUUAGAGAGGUACUUGCAGAUUUGCUUGACUUUACAGAUUAACCACUUAAUAUUUGGAAUUUCUGGAAGAAUGAGCACAACACAAAAAUAGCCUUUCAGACCAACGAGCACAACACAGGGACACUCACUAUCAAGAGUCUGCUGUAGUUCCUGAAUAGUACUGAGUAGCACAUGGAACUGCUUCUUUCUUAACUCCAUCUUCGUAGGAGAAAAAGGAGAUUAGAUUUUAGAAAUUAGAUAUCACAAGCGGUUCAAGAAAUAACAGAUUUGAAUCGUAAGGAAUAGAAUAUAGUUUUAGCCUCACCUUUGCAUCUACAUUUUCCUUGAUUCGAGACAGUUGCUGGAGCUCUUUGUCAAGCGCCUCCAAUUGUCUGUAGAGGAUCAAACAAAAUUAAGUACAUAAUCAUAAACAAAACAGGUUAAAAAAAAAAGGAAUACAAAUAUAAUAGAGUGACUUACUUCAGUGUUUCAUGUCGGUCUGGGUGUUGCUGGAUAACCUUAGCUAAAGCAUCAUACUCUGAAAGGAAAUAAUGAAAAUGUGAAUGUGUGACACUAACCACAAAUAAUACAACUCUGUAUUUAUAUUGUUAGCAUUAAAUCUUAACUGAUUGAUACAUUUGGUUUACAACAAGAAUGAAAAAAUCCCUGCUAAACACUCCAAUUCUUUUACCUUCUCUUAAAUCUCAAUCUGAUUUCUCAUUGUUUGGCUUUUGAUGCAUUGUCUCUCCAUCUGUGAUCACUCUUUAAAUCUCCUGGGUAUUUUCCUUUGGCUGUUUGUACAAUGUGUUGUAUACGGUUUGACUUAAAAGUACUUGUAUGAAUUACCAUUGAAUAAACUUUUCGUGAGCCAUAACAUUAAA